GGUGUCGUCGGGAGGCUCCCAUUCGAAGGCGACGGCGGUCGUCUGUAUUUCUGUCCUAAUCUCUCCAGAAAAGCGAAAUUCCACCGAACAGACAGUGAAUUCGACUAAUUUCGAUGUGCGGCUCGUUACCCAUUGUUCUCGGCGAAGCUCUCGGCAGGGCUCUGGAAUGACGGCGUGUGCGGAGAAUUUGAAUUAGCUCGCCGUUAGUUUGAAGAAAGACCGAGUCCGGGGUAGAGACGGAGAGAGGAGCCAUUUUGUCCCGACUUUGUGUGUGUGUGUAUGUGUGCGCGCGCGUGUGUGUGGGAGAGAAUAGAAAAGAGUGGCAAAUAGGAAUCGCACGGGAAGACAUUCUAUUUUUGUGCUUUUUUUUGUUCUCUUGCUGUAGUGGGAAGGAAGCAGUCGGGCCUGGGAUUUUGAACUUCUCGGACACGGGCACGCUUUUUUGGGUGGCAUCAACAAAUCCCAGAUUGUGUGACUUGGAGCGGGCUGGAAGGCGCUGGCUUUAGACUUCCCGUGGGCGUGUUAGUUUAAUUUUUUUUUUAUUUUUGUAUUAGAGUGAACGCAUACUAGUUUUCAAUGGCGAAAAAGACGUACGACUUGCUGUUCAAGCUGCUUCUGAUCGGGGACUCGGGUGUCGGGAAGACCUGUGUGCUGUUCCGCUUCUCUGACGACGCCUUCAACACAACCUUCAUCUCUACCAUAGGAAUAGACUUCAAGAUUAAAACAGUUGAACUACAAGGAAAGAAGAUCAAACUACAGAUAUGGGACACAGCGGGCCAAGAACGGUUCCACACCAUCACCACCUCCUACUACAGAGGAGCGAUGGGCAUCAUGCUGGUCUACGACAUCACCAACGCCAAGAGCUUUGAAAACAUCAGCAAGUGGCUGCGCAACAUCGAUGAGCACGCAAACGAGGACGUUGAGAGAAUGCUGCUAGGCAACAAGUGUGACAUGGAGGACAAGAGGGUGGUACCAAAAGCCAAGGGAGAGCAGAUCGCGAGGGAGCACGGCAUUAGGUUUUUUGAGACGAGUGCUAAGGCCAACAUCAACAUCGAAAAGGCUUUCCUCACGUUAGCAGAAGACAUCCUCAGAAAGACGCCCGUUAAAGAGCCCAACAGUGAAAACGUCGACAUCAGCAGCGGCGGGGGAGUCACAAGCUGGAAGAGCAAGUGCUGCUGAACAACAACUCAGUUUCACCCACACUAACGCACGUGCACACACACACACACACACACGUUCUCUCUUAAACUGCUAACUGUCUCGCCCUCUAACCUGUCUCAUGAGUUUUCACACUGACACUCUGUCUCUGUAUCGGAAUAAAACAAUAAACUACUUCACUCGUCUGAUUCCCCCCGCCCCACCACCGCGCCCCUCCUCCUUCGCAGCACCGUAUUCUGCAUCCUAUCAUCACUUUUAUUUCUGAUAAAAAAAGAGAAAUCCAGUCACGUUUCUUGUCAUUUGUUUUAAAGGUUAAGAAAAAAACUAACGGAAAAAAAAAAAAAGUGUGAAAGGACUAGCUCAUAUUUUUAAUAUUUUGUUUUUGUCCGAGCUCGCUCGGUUAGACGCUCCCAGACUCCACCCACCCACAGCGCUCCCUUUCUGAGGAAAUCCACGUAAAGGAAAAUUAAAAAUCAAAUUUAGGAUGAACGUUUGUACGCUUGUUGAGCUUUGUCUCGAGUCUGUUCGUUUUGUUCCCAGGUGACAGAAGCGUGGCUAGCUCCUUUUCUAUGUGGGGGUUGAUUUUGUCCUGUGCCUUAUAUGGAAGACGAGGGGUGGGGCUGUGUGGUGGGCGGAGCCACAUUUACCCAAUGAAAUUACACUUUAAUAUUCUGUCAGUUCAAGCUCCUAACGAAGAAGCGGAACUGAAGCUACAGCGUUUGAAUUUCUUCUCCAGCCAAGAGAACCACAUUAUCCAGUAUGUCCUGUUUAUCGAUGUUUUAUUUGUAUGGUUUAUCUUGCAUUAUAUUUUUGAGUUAUUUUAUUUUUUCCUAUUUGUUUUUUUUUUCCUGCAUGCAAAGUUCUUUGGGUUGGAAACGUUUCUGUAACCUUGUGUAACGUUUGCCACUGGGUGACUGGGCGGGAGGUACACGAGUUCUCUUUGGAAAUUCAAACAGUUUUGCAGAUCCAUUAAAAAUAAGCUUGUUUAAGUUAAA